AUGCAUAUUCAAUUAAUCACAAUCCCACAGGAGCUCCGUCAAGGGUCAGCCUUGUACCCCGUGUCAUUCCUACUACGCUACGAGUUCGUCGACGUGAGUGAGCAGGGCCAACCUCUAGUCGAUUCCCGUUCGGCCUGCGACAGAGUAUUCAAAUCGGCUCAAACUUAUUCUGGGAGAUUCCAAGCUCCCAGAGCAAUAUUCUACUAUGGGCGAGGCGGAGCGCAAAACCUCACUUGCAUUUUAAGAUUUGAAGCUAAGCCUGGAGAAAGGGUACAAUUGACUUUCACGAGUACUUACUUUGGAAAUAAAUACUGUAGUACUCAUAAAGACUCUCGAACAGGCCGAUGGAAAUGUGACAGACCAGCAAAAAGAAUUAUGGGAGGCGAAGGACUUGCUCAAAUAAUUGUUACUGAAUAUCCCUGGGAAGGGGUACCUAUACAGAGAGAUUGUUUUUGUACAAAUCGUUCUGAUCCUCUGAAUGUACAUACUCUAACUGCUUCAGUUGUUGAAUUGAACUUUACUGUUACAAUGAUGAACAUCACCGAAGAUUAUGAGGAUUUUGCCUUCGAGGGUGAAUAUAAAUUUGUACCUACUGGACCUGGAGAUGAAACUGUCUGCUCAACUGGUUGGGGUAAAAGACAACUCAGAGGAAGUAGUGGGGAAAUCAGAUUAUUUGACAAAAGGCAAACAAAUAUAGCACCAGAAAUAGUUGGAGAUAGACACGUUAUAUCCGAAAGCGUAAGAGCAGAGGUCGCCUGUGUUCAUAGACCAUGGCUCAUUGAACCAGGAGGCGAUGAAGUAACUCCUGUACAGGGAAGGUAUCUUUAUGUAAGAAUACCUGGUUAUGAAAUGACGACUACAUCACCAUUUUGUCCAACACCUAAUAGACUUUUUAUAUAUGAAGCUAAAGAUACCUCGCGGUACCGUGAAGUUUGUCCUGAUGGUCCUAAUUUCUUGGAAUUGUACUCUCCUGGUUGGCUAUCGGCUCAAACCCCUCUAGAAACAACUCUGAAGCCGCAUGCUCGUAGCUAUGUUGUCGACUUUUUGCAACAUGAACAAGCAGACUAUUCUAUCAAAUGGAUCGAACUGAUGAAAAAGCCUGCAUUUGAGCCAGACCCUGAGUCUACUCUUCUACCAGUUACAGCACCACUCGAAUGUCGUUACAGUUGCCCUGAACUCAACGCAUGCAUACCUAUCGCGUUGUGGUGCGACGGAAGCCCACAUUGUCCUUCUGGUUAUGACGAAGAUGAUUCGAACUGUUCAUUUAGAAUAUCUUUACCUCCACCUUAUGUUGCUGCUGCUGCUGGCGCUGGUUUACUUCUUUGUGCAGUUUUAGUUGCCCUAUGUGCAUGUAGACGACGUAGAAGAAAAGAUAAGGAAUUCAAAGCGCGAUUGGACGGAGCCCUGCCACCCGAAGAAAGACCAUACGAUCGUGCUAAAACGAAUGGUGUACCCGAGGCGGCGCGUCAAUACGCUACCGUUCAAAAGUAUGCCACUAUAGAUAAGUACAGCUUAAGUCAGAAAUAUAGCGCUGGCUUGAACGAUGCGAGAUACUACGAUGAAGUGGCACAAAGAGAUAAGCUUGCAGAUACUAGGUACGCUAGCUUAGGCCGGGCGGGUCGAGGCAUGCGCGUAGAGAAUUCAAGAGGCACUGGUUCGAGAAGAGCGAUGCCCGACCUUGGCUAUCCGGAUCUUAAAGACGGUUUUUGUUGA